UUUUGAAGUUGACGUAACUAUAAUAUAAAACAGGGGUAAUGUUGAAAAUUACAUGUUAAUUUCAUACCCAUUCACAGUAGUUCAUAGCAAAUAUCUUUCAAUCUCGUUGAGUAGAGAAUGACAUACGGACUGUGCAGCUGUGCAGGAGUGUGUUUUCAAGAGUCGGUUCAUAUGUUCGAAUAGUCUAAACAAUAUUUAGUAAAUUUUUGUGUCAACAUGUGGGCAGACACAAUUUUAAUAGUAUUUAUUAGUAUUUGUACAGCUUUAUUAGGAGAAGGUUUAACGUGGCUAAUGGUUUAUAGAACAGAAAAAUAUCAAAAGUUAAAAGCAGAGGUAGAGAAACAAAGUAAAAAAUUGGAAAAAAGAAAAGAAGCACAUGGAGAUUCACUGGAUAAGCAACAGAAGAAGAAAAUUGAGAGAGAGGAAGAAAGGCUGAAAAAUAACAAUAGAGAUUUAUCUCUAGUAAAAAUGAAAUCCAUGUUUGCAAUUGGAUUUGCAUUUACAGCUCUCCUAAGCAUGUUCAAUAGUAUUUUUGAUGGUAGAGUCGUUGCCAGGCUACCUUUUGUGCCAAUUAGUUGGAUACAAGGCUUAUCCCAUAGGAAUCUCCCUGGAGACGAUUAUACAGAAUGUUCAUUCAUCUUUUUGUACAUACUGUGCACCAUGAGUAUCCGACAAAAUAUUCAGAAGAUGCUUGGAUUUGCUCCUUCUAGAACUGCAAGCAAACAGAGUGGAAGUAUCUUUGGUCCUCCACCACAACAAUUCAAAUGAACUUAGAUCAAUGUAAAAUUAUGAUUUACGACAUGUUAUAUAGUAUUUAAAUUUCUCGGGGUACUUGGUGACUGCUCAUCCUAGUAAUGAAUGUCGAUAAUCGAUAUUGAAAUUGUAAUUGCUACAAACUAAUUGUAAAACAUAAUAUAUAUACCUAAUGUGUACAUUGUAUACUUAAAUUAUAAAUAAUAAAUAUAUAUUUAAUACUAAUAUAUUGAUAAUCAAGUAUUCAAGAACAUAUAGGAGUGGACAUUAUUAAGAUAUUUUAUGGUAAGCCAGGAAGGAAUGUGAAAUGAUAAAGACAAAGGAUAGCUUUCUGUAAUUGAGCUAGUAAUGCUGCAUAUUUUAGAAAAUAGGUAUGACUUUAUGUAUUCCUUCAAGCAAUUCUUAUACAACAAUCAAUGUUAUAUACAAACAUAACGAUCAAUCAUAUACAAAAAAAAUAACCACUACCCUUAAUUCGUAAAAAAUAUUUAACACAAUGAUAUAGUAUAACGUUAGAGAUACAUUUUAUCGAGCACACGUUCAAAGUUAUAAGGUGAAAAUGUGCUCUGCAAAUACUCGAUCGCGGUACGCUUUAACUACAUACUUCAAAUUACGGAUACACAUUUCUGUUUACUAAAAAAUGUUGCUUUCAUUUUAUAUUAUUAUGUACGGUUUAAGCCUAAAACAGUCUCUUGUUAUUAGAGCUAGCGAGAUUUUAUACAAAAUGAUACAAGUAUUAUAUGUAUGAUAUUUACAACCAAUCUACAGUAGAUGACUAAACGUAAUAUAUCUUAAUUUAAUAAAAGUUAUUUGACUCGUUA